AUGGGAGGCAACCAGACAUGGAUCUCAGAGGUCACCCUUCUGGGAUUCCAGGUGGACCCAGCACUGGAAUAUUUCCUCUUUGGUCUCUUCUCUUUGCUCUACAUCUUCACCCUGCUGGGGAACGGGACCAUCCUAGGGAUCAUCUGUCUUGACCCCAGGCUGCACACCCCCAUGUACUUCUUCCUCUCACACCUGGCCUUCAUUGACAUGUCCUACGCCUCCAACAAUGUCCCCAAGAUGCUGGCAAACCUUCUGAACAAGAAAAGAACCAUCCUCUUUGUCCCUUGUAUAAUGCAGGUAUUUUUGUAUUUGGCUUUGGCUGCCACAGAGUGCCUGAUUUUGGUGGUGAUGGCCUAUGAUCGGUAUGUGGCCAUCUGCCACCCGCUCCAUUACUCUGCCAUCAUGAGCUGGAGGCUCUGCAUCACUCUGGCUGUCACUUCUUGGGUGUGUGGCUCUGUCCAGGCCCUGACCCAAGUGAGCCUCAUCCUGAGAUUGCCCUUCUGUGGGCCUCAUGAGAUCAACCACUUCUUCUGUGAAAUCCUGUCUGUCCUGAGUCUGGCCUGUGCAGACACCUGGCUCAAUCAACUGGUCAUCUUUGCAGCCUGUGUGUUUAUCUUACUGGGGCCACUCUGUCUUAUGCUGGUCUCCUAUACCUGCAUCCUCUUUGCCAUCCUGAGGAUCCAGUCCAGGGAGGGACGCAGAAAGGCCUUCUUCAGCUGCUCUUCCCACCUCUGUGUGGUGGGGCUCUUCUUUGGCAGUGCCGUUGUCCUGUACAUGGUCCCCAAAUCCAGCCACCCUGAGGAGCAGCAGAAGGUCCUUUCUCUGUUCUACAGCCUUUUCAACCCCAUGCUGAACCCCCUGAUCUACAGCCUGAGGAACACAGAGGUGAAGGGUGCCUUGUGGAGAGCACUGUGCAAGGAGAGGAGAAUGUGAGAGAUAUCACAGAGCCAUAUGGUGAGGCUUUGCCUUCGUGGGACAUGGAAGUUGGAAAUUGCUGUACCGUGUACUAAAAUAAAUGUCACCUUAAAAUACAAGAGUACAGACCUAAACAUAAAACCUGAAACUAUAAUACAUCUAGAAAAAGAAAAGGAGAAUACCGUCAUGACAUUGAAGUGGUGUAGAUUCUUACAGAAGUUACAAAAGCCAGUAGACUUAAAUUUUGAAAAUUUGACAACUAUUGGAUCUCUUUAAAAUUAAUCAUGCUGCUCAUCAAAGUCAUCACUAAGAAACAACAAAAAAAAACGAAGUCAGGGACAAGUUAAUAAUAUUCAUACUGCAUAUAUUCAGCAAAGGAAUUGUAGCCUGAAUACAUAAGAAAAACUCAUAAAAUAAUAAAAAUGAUAAACAAUCAAAUUGUAUAAAAUAGACAGAGCACUUGAAUAGACACUUCUCAAAAUAAAUGCAAGUGAUUAAUAACCACAUGA